AUGGGUUCCACCAAGCCACUCCGGCUGAUCCAGCACAAGAAGGAGGCCCUCUGGUUCUACAGCUUCAUCUCCUUCGGCUACGACCAUGUGUUCAACCCGGGCCAGUACACCGAGGACAUGCGCGACAUCUCCCUGGAGCAUGCCCGCCUCCAUAGCCGGGCCCUCAAGGUGGUCGACGUCGGUGGUGGCACUGGCUUCACCACGCUCGGCGUCGUCCGGUAUGUCGACCCCGAGAACGUGACGCUGCUCGACCAGUCGCCGCACCAACUCGACAAGGCCAGAAGGAAGAAGGCCCUCAGGGGCAUCAAGAUCAUGGAGGGUGACGCCGAGGACCUCCCCUUCCCCACAGACACCUUCGACCGAUACGUCUCCGCUGGCAGCAUUGAGUAUUGGCCUGAUCCGCAGCGGGGGAUCAGGGAGGCCUACAGGGUCCUGAGCGCCGACGGCGUGGCUUGUAUGAUAGGCCCCGUGCGCCCGACGUUCUGGCUAUCCCGCUUCUUCGCUGACAUGUGGAUGCUCUUCCCCACGGAGGAAGAGUACAUCGAGUGGUUUGAGAGGGCCGGCUUCAAGGAUGUCGAGCUCACCAGAAUCGGGCCAAGGUGGUACCGCGGUGCCCGUAGGCAUGGCCUGGUCAUUGGGUGCUGUGUCACAGGCAUCAAGACACAAAACGGGGAUUCCCCCUUGCGGCUUGGUCCAAAGGCUGAGGAUGUCAGCAAGCCACAUGUGAACCCCAUCUUCGUCUUCUUUCGGUUCCUCAUUGGGACAAUAUGCGCCACAUACUUCUUCCUAGUGCCUAUUUACAUGUGGAUCAAGGACAAGAUUGUGCCCCAAGGCAGGCCUAUCUAA